GUCCUCCCUCCCCCCCUUCCCGACUAUCGGGACGCCCAUAUAUAUGCUAACUGUAAACAGUCGUGUACUCUACCUAUCCUGGCGUAUAAUCCUGGUCAUAGUGAGGAGCUUCCCUUUGUUUCAAAUCUCGCGAAACAAAGGCCUUCUGUUGUGUCGUCCUUCCGUUCCUUCCAACUUCGACAAAGAGGAACUAUCUACAUACGAUCGUCGCCGAGUGUUGCAGAGUUGCAGCCGAAAUUCAGGCCCUCAUCCUCCACCCCCCGUUAAUCCGGUCGGUCGCUCGACACCACUUUUCCCGGUCCCUCCGUCUCCCCCAAGGUGUACUACACUCUAGGUGACGGAGACGGUCCGAGAAACAUUAUUGUUGCUCUUGGUACUCUGCCUACGGUCCGGCACAAUCACAAUGUUAGCCAUGGUACUAUGAUAUGU